AGAAACUGUUUCAAGUCUAUAUGCAUCAUGUCCUCAUGUCCUUGGUCGUCGUGAGAACAAACCCCUGUCAGCUUCUAUAGACUUCGUCGAAACGUCCCUCAAUACUUCACAAGCUUCACUACCCCCAAGUCCGAAUACCAAAGUAGAGUUAUCACCCUCAUCGCCCACCAAAUAUAGCAGUGUAAGUCUGUGCUGGUCUGUGUUACGUUCUCGCUGAUUGCUGUGGGCGUUUACAGAGUUAGCGCCUUUGAAACCAAUAUCAUAUAUAUCUUUAACACAGGUAACAGCCGCACCAGCUCCACGCCCAGUUCCAUCGCAGUCCAUCGCCUGCCAUGAUCACACAGUCCCAAAAUCUAGCUCUCUCGCCUCUAAACUUCAACCACUAUCAAAAUCCAAAGGUCGAAGCUUUAUGGAACGAACUCACGGAGAACGCAGUGGAACCAAUGCUAGCGCCCGUCCCAUACCUGCCCAAUUUCUCAGAGGAAUGCUUGCUUUGCGCCGUUGUGAUGAUGAAGAUGUACGACGAACAAGCACUUCUCGACCUCACCGCUUUGGAGCAAGAAGUUUCCUAUGAAGAGGAUCCAAUUGGUCUCGUUUACGUCACCGCUGCCCCUGCGCAGUCUGCAGCACAAGAAGCGAGUGCUGGGAUUAUCAUCACUGAUUACCAUCGACGCAAGGGCUUUGGUCGUGAAGCCGUAGAGCUUGUGUUGCGGUGGGCAUUUGAAGAGCUCAAGUUCCAUCGCGUUCAAGCAGCGUUUAUGGAUGGCGCCCAGAAAGAUCGCGCAAUGAGGCUUUUUGUGGGGCAAGGUUUCACACACGAAGGCACUCGGCGGCGUUCAGUCUUCAAGCCGGAGGGUGGGGGUGUGGUUGGUGUCUGGAAAGAUGUGACAUACCUGGCGAUGCUUGAUACAGAGUGGGCGCUUAGAGACACGUUGAGGAUUACGGGCCCAGCACCGACUUUGUGGGAUGAAUUACUCGCGCGACAUGCGCGGGAGAGGGAGGAGAUGGUGAAAUGGGAUGAGAAGCAUAGCAGGAUUAGGAAGGUGUCGAGCACACAAACCCUACGCCGUGGGGAAACUCCAAACCAGCUCGACUAUAUGUUCAGCGCCUUCUCUUCAGACGCAGAGUCGUCAUCCUCCUGCCAAAGCUCUUCCUAUGAUAUGCUUCAAUAUCUUAGUUUCAGGGAAAGCCCGAGAUGGAGCCCAUUAGAAGACAUAGACGCCGCAUCUCGGCAGUCAUCCCCUUCCCCGUACAAUUUUUCGAUUCCCUCGACACCAAUCCCUGUCCCGUCCCGUUCACCUUCAGUCAUUUCAAGCGACUCUGAAUUUGAAUCUGAGGACGAGGGUGAUGUAGCGCCUUCCAUGCGAGGGCUAAACAGAAUCCCCAUCUCAGGUGCAAGUUCCUCGAGCAGUCAGCUAUCGUGGACUCGGCGCCCUUUGAUCAGUAGGGCUGGGAGCAAUGACAGCGGGAGUUCUGAGUCCGAGUCCUGGUCUGAUGCGACUGACUCUGGUCCAGAUGCUAGUGGAAGUGAUUGGGAUAUGAUGUCUGAGCCUGAGCGAUCCUCUUGAGC